CCACUUUAUUUCGACAAUGGGACUGUCCAAGGCACCCUGGAGAUCUUGUCUGCUGUUUCUAGUGGUCAUGAUGACAUUACAAGAAUCUCGGUGCAGCUUCGAUGUGCAGAGUACAGAUUGUGCCAAGAUAUCAACUAACAGAAUCUGUUACAUGUGUGCCUUGAGACAAGGAUCCAAUUUAGUGUUUAGGGAGUGCUGCCAGAACGCUAAUGACAUGAGAGAUUAUUGCAAGAGGAUCUACACUGAGCCGCCACGAGUAGGAGGUCUGUGGAUUGACUGAUGAACUCUUUCUAAGCCGUGCACUUCACUGACUGUAUAAAGUCAUUCAAUACAAAGUGGGAAUACACAA